AACAGUGGGCGGGGUUUAAGGCAGAGGUGAACACAGUGUACAACAACAUUUUAGAAACUGAACACUCACACAGUCAUGGAAACGUCUUCAGUAAACCAGCCGUAUUAAAACUGGAACUACAGCUAUAACAAGAUCGACAUUUGUUCCGGGACGUUUUUUAUGAGGAGGUAAACGGGCUACAACUAACAGCACCACCACCGGUCCAUCAACGCACCACCACCAUAGACACAGCUCCAGGUUAACGUGAACCAUGUCUUCAGCUGUUUUCCUGUCAAUCGUGCUGCUGUUGUCGUGUCACGUCAGGAUCACCUGUCCUCGUUAAACACACUGGUGGACCUUGAACUACUCACGAUGUCUCUGAAAAGCAACAAUGACGAGUGUGACCAUGUGAUGAACCUCAGUGCCGUGGAGCGCUGUGCGUUUGUGAAGAGCACACCGGACUGUUUCAUGGAAGAUGGCUUCAUCAACUACCUCCAACUGGCCUUCUGUCUGCUCCCUCCCAACCUCACACCGCUCACCAUCACACUUUGUAUGAUAUGGCUGCUCUUUUUAUUUGUUUUUCUUGGACUCUCUGCAUCCAAGUUUUUCUGUCCGAACCUGUCGGCCAUCUCCACCAGUCUGCACCUCACUCACAACGUGGCUGGCGUUACGUUCCUGGCUCUUGGAAACGGAGCUCCUGACAUCUUCAGUGCCAUAGCGGCUUUCACACACCCGCACACUGCCGGCCUCGCCGUCGGAGCCUUAUUUGGAGCUGGAAUAUUUGUUACGACAGUAGUAGCCGGCAGCGUGGCGCUGGUCAAGCCUUUUGCCGUGGCCUCUCGUCCAUUUCUGCGAGACGUCAUCUUCUACAUGGUCGCAGUGUUUUGGACUUUCCUCAUGCUGUACAGAGGGACAGCAACACUCGUAGAAACAAUAGGAUACCUGGGCCUCUAUGUGGUUUAUGUGUUCACUGUCAUCAUCAGCGCUUACAUCUACAACCGGCAAAAAUAUUCAGUGAACACAAGCGUCCAGAAUGAUGCACAUGUUCAUGUUUCCAGUGAUGAGAUUCACUCGUCUGACACGUCCGACGAUGACGUUCCUUACCUGACUCCUUCGCAUGAGUAUGAGUCAGAGUACAGGCCACUGCUGCCCUAUUCAGAGUCCACCAGUCAGAUCCUGCUGAGCUCCCUGAACCCGGUGGACAGCAGGAAGUGGAGGAGGAAAUCAUGGAGCUGGAAAGUGCUCAAAGUGGUGAAGACACCUCUGGAGAUCCUGCUGCUGCUCUGUGUCCCAGUUGUCGACCCUGAUAAAGACCUCCUCCUGCAACAUGUCAAAGAUACAGGAGUUGUCACUGCAUGCACUGUCCAUGUCCUUUCAGAUGCUGUAGCAAUGGCAGAAAAUGACUGCUUCAGAGACUGA